UUCUAACUUCAUCCUCCUUUUCACUGUUUAGAGUGCGAGCAGAGUAAAAUCCUUUGAGAAGAAACCGGUCUUGUCUGGUCGUCAUUUUCAAUCUUUUUCUUUUUUUUUUACUUGCUCCCACUUACCGCAACAAGACUAUAGAGGCCAAUAAUUCCAUUUUGAUAUUUCAAAUAGCGGCGAAACAAGCCAAGAAGAACAAGGGAAGUGCUUUGAGAAGUGAAAAAUGAAUCAAGAAAUGAACGGUGUUGAUCUCGAUAAUCAUCAUCACGAGAGUGUAGAAGAGAGAAUAGAUUAUGUGUUUAAAGUGGUUGUGAUCGGAGAUUCUGCAGUGGGUAAGACUCAGUUGCUGUCAAGGUUCACUAAAAAUGAGUUCUGCUUUGAUUCCAAGUCCACUAUUGGUGUCGAGUUCCAGACUAGAACUGUGAACAUUAAAGGCAAAGUGGUUAAAGCCCAGAUCUGGGAUACCGCUGGCCAAGAAAGGUAUCGAGCAGUAACAAGUGCAUAUUACAGAGGAGCAUUGGGGGCAAUGCUAGUGUACGACAUCACCAAGAGACCAACCUUUGAUCAUGUGGCUAGAUGGGUAGAGGAACUACGGGCCCAUGCUGAUAAUUCCAUAGUGAUCACGUUGAUUGGAAACAAGGCUGAUCUGGUAGACCAAAGGGCAGUUCCAACAGAAGAUGCGGUAGAAUUCGCGGAGGAUCAAGGCCUGUUUUUCUCUGAGACGUCAGCUCUGAACGGCGACAAUGUGGACAGAGCAUUUUUCAGGCUAUUAGAGGAAAUUUAUGGUGUGAUUUCUAAGAAGACGUUGGAAUGUGGCGAUCUUAAAUUGAACGGUGGUGAUGCAACCACAUUGAAAGGAUCUAAGAUUGAUAUUAUCUCAGGGUCUGAUUUGGAGAUAAGUGAGAUGAAAAAAUUAUCUACUUGCUCAUGUUGAAUGUUGAUCCUUGCUUCAGUUUUUACUUAAUUUUAAUUUUUCUAUUGUUUACUUGUUGGGUUGUAUUUCAAAAGUUUUGGGUUAUGGAAAGUUUUAUUUUUCUUUUUU